UGCUGUAAAAAUGGAUGUCUGUGAAGAAAUCUGAUAAUAUGCCUUCGGUAUUUGCUAGAUUUUCGGAUUCCUAUUGGGUUUCGAUCCGCCUGAACAUAUCAGACGCAUCAUAACUAAUAUGGUGUGUAUUAUAUACAGGAAGUUCUAAAAGAGCUCUCCACAAAAAGACACCUGAUUUGUUCUUCCAACGCUGAAAUCUGGAGCCUGAAAUAUUGGACGUGCUUCCAAGACAUUUAUUUGGAAUCAUGGAUCGUCCACCUUCUCCCGCCAGGUUAGCCUACACCUCUGACAAACACCCUCGUCAUACCCUUGAUUCAAUCAACGUUCUCCGCAAGCACAGAGAACUGUGUGAUGUGGUUCUCAUUGUGGCCCAAAGGAAAAUAUUUGCUCAUCGUGUCAUCUUAUCGGCAUGUAGCCCAUAUUUCCAUGCCAUGUUUACUGGUGAGUUAGCCGAGAGCCGUCAGACCGAAGUGACAAUAAGAGAUAUUGAUGAGAGUGCUAUGGAAUUGUUGGUCGAUUUCUGUUACACAUCAAACAUUACUGUGGAGGAGAGCAAUGUCCAGACUCUGUUACCGGCAGCCUGUCUGCUUCAGCUGGCUGAAAUCCAGGAGGUGUGUUGUGAGUUUCUCAAGCGACAGUUAGACCCGUCCAACUGUCUGGGUAUUCGCGCCUUUGCUGACACGCAUGCUUGCAGGGACUUGUUAAGAAUUGCAGACAAAUUCACACAACAUAACUUCCAAGAGGUUAUGGAGAGUGAGGAGUUCCUACUGUUGCCGGUGAAUCAGCUGGUGGAUAUCAUAUCGAGUGAUGAGUUAAAUGUGCGCAGUGAGGAGCAGGUUUACAGCGCUGUGAUGUCUUGGGUCAAGUACAAUAUCCAGGACCGACGCACUCAUCUCCCUAAUGUUGUUCAGCAUGUGCGACUGCCGUUGAUGAGCCCCAAAUUCCUUGUUGGUACAGUAGGCUCAGACCUUCUUAUCAAAAGUGAUGAUUCCUGCAGAGAUUUGUUGGAUGAGGCCAAGAAUUAUCUCCUCCUGCCACAGGAGCGCCCUCUGAUGCAGGGCCCACGUACGAGGCCGCGGAAACCAAUACGAUGUGGGGAAGUCCUGUUUGCUGUUGGAGGAUGGUGUAGUGGAGAUGCUAUCUCCAGUGUAGAGCGAUACGACCCUCAGACAAACGAGUGGAGGAUGGUGGCUCCGAUGAGUAAACGUCGCUGUGGGGUGGGCGUCGCUGUCCUCAAUGACCUCCUGUAUGCUGUAGGGGGUCACGAUGGGCAGUCAUAUCUCAAUAGCAUUGAAAGGUUUGAUCCACAGACGAACCAGUGGAGUGGGGACGUGGCGCCCACCAGUUCAUGUCGCACAAGUGUUGGGGUAGCCGUCCUUGACAGCUACAUGUAUGCAGUAGGGGGACAAGAUGGUGUCUCCUGUCUCAACUUUGUGGAGAGGUAUGAUCCCCAGCUUAACAAAUGGACAAAAGUAGCCUCUAUGAGUACACGACGACUAGGGGUGGGCGUGGCUGUGUUGGGUGGCUACCUGUAUGCAGUGGGAGGUAGUGAUGGUACCUGUCCAUUAAACACAGUGGAAAGAUAUGACCCAAGAACAAACCGCUGGAUGCCAAUGUCGCCAAUGGGUACACGACGAAAACAUCUUGGGGUGGCCGUAUAUAACAACAUGAUAUAUGCUGUUGGGGGUCGUGAUGACACUACAGAGCUCAGCAGUGCCGAGCGUUACAAUCCACAGACAAAUACCUGGCAACCUGUUGUAGCCAUGACAUCUCGCAGAAGUGGGGUUGGUUUGGCUGUAGUGAACGGUCAGCUGAUGGCUAUUGGAGGAUUUGAUGGCACAACAUACCUAAAGACAAUUGAAGUGUAUGACCCAGAACAGAACUGUUGGAAAUUGUGUGGAGGAAUGAAUUAUCGUAGAUUAGGUGGUGGGGUUGGAGUAGUACGAAUGCCACAACAUGAACCACACCUGUGGUGACACCAAAGACAGUUGUUACAUGCUACCUAGUUUGAUGUGCUACUCAAUACAGCGUAUGGUACUACUGCUAAAGGAAGUGUUGUUUUUGCUUCAUAUUGCAAGCACAGUUGUCAUGUACUGCCUAGCAAUGUCAUUAAGUGUCGUGAUAUACAUGUAUUACAUGAUUGUGUAGUGUCAUGCUAUACAUAUAUUACAUGAUUGUGUAGUGUCAUGUUAUACAUGUAUUACCCAUGGCCACAAUAUCAUGCUCUACCUACAGUAUUGCCAUGUUCAGUCAUAUUCUGCCUAUCAAUAUACCCAGUAGAGAAUCAUAUGAUGAAUAUUACAGUACAUGUAUUUAUAGGGUAUCAGACAUAAUAUAGGACAGAGAUUCUCAUUAAAACUUUAAUCUGUUGAGGGAAAACUUGGAUACAUGUUCAUCAAAUUAAAAAAAAAAACGUUGAUGUAAUGUGAAAAAAUUAUUAUGCAAGUCACUACAAAGAAAGAAAUGUUUGUCUCCAAGACUGUAAUAUAUGCUCAGUUGGAAUUAACAAGGGAGCUUGUCAUCGUUUUGUUACUCUGGGCAUGUUGUAAAUGAAUUUGGAGACAAGUUAUUUUGUCUUAGCUCCUGGGGGGGGGGGGGGGGGGGAUUCAUCUUUCAUUGGUACCAUGUUUUAUGUCAAUUGCUCAGGCAUGGCAUGAAUUGUAAAUACAUAUAUUGUAAAUACUGUACAGAGAGUAAGUUAUCAUUUAGAUUCUGUCAAUUGCUUAUUUAAAAUAUGCUGUAUCGUUUUGUUUUAUAGACUUGUCUUAUAAAGAUAUUUUCUCCCUAAUGUAAGAAAUAUUAAAAGGUGUUUAUGACAUCAGUGUUGCUUGUAAAAUUCAUUCACAAUGAUUUUUACUGAAUAUUGAAUUGACUAGGGGAGAGGAGACAACUUUUUUUCUCUCCUUCUCUGUGUAUGAAAUGUUACCAGUGAUCAUAUCUCUCUCCUCUGUGUAUGAAAUGUUACCAGUGAUCAUAUUGAUAUAUAGCCCUACACGUGUCAUGUCAUACAUAAUAUUGCUUCAUUCAGUAAUUGAUGUAAAUUAUUUUUAAUAUGUUCCAACUUAAUAGGUUAUGGUGAUCUAAACUCUAAAAUUUUACGUAUAAACAUUAAAUCAGUAUUUCUCUUUCUUAGGAUUUGUUCAUUAAUAUUUGGUAUCAUAGAGAUUGAAUUAUAUCGUCGAAACAAGGAAAUGUAAAUUCAGUCAACCACACUCUGUUUUGUGGAUGUCUUUUGAAAAUUUUGUCUAUAUUUAUUUUUAAGAUGAUAACUAGCUACAAUGUCUAAGUGUUUUAAACAGCAUAACUGAAAAUAGAUUAAUAAAUGACUCCAUGUCUCUUUAAUACAGGUUCUGUUGUGAGUUUUACACAUGUACAUUUGGUAACAGUAACAUUGCUAAUGCUAGUCUGGUUUGGACACCUUACACUUAGGAUUAACAUCAGUCGGAUUGACUGAUCUAGGCUCACGUUCUGUUAACUGCACUCUGGACAUAGCAGAGUGUAAUUUAGGGAACAGGAGUGUAGAUUGAGAUAUGAUUUUAAAUCGAUUGGAUUUACAUUGUCAUUCACACUGAAGAAACUUAAUGUAGUUUAUGUUCACUGGGGAUUCUGGUAAUUUUUGUAUAAACCACAGUAAUAACUUUGGUGCUAUUGUCAACAUUUGAUUAUCAGACGUUUUGAAUUAGAGAUCUGUGAUGAUGAUAUCAGGGCUUGUAUUAGCAUUUGCAUAUGUGAUUUAAUGCUUUCUUUUGUAAAUGAAGUAUCUACAAUAUUGCUUUUGUAACCACAGGGACCCAUGGUCCAUAUCAUGCAUAUUUACAAAGUAGUGCAUAUAUAUGGACAAGGGAAUUUAUGCCAAGUUCCUGUGUUUUGAAGAUAUAUAUAUAAACAUAUAUACAAACAGUCAAAAUUGGUCGACCUUUCUUCAAACUUGCCUUUAUGACUUUCUCACAAAACUGACAAAAAGUCAAUUCUACUGAAGCCUAUCUACAUGUUGCAUAUUUCAGGGAAUUGUAUGAUUGAACUGGUUUCUGUUCCAUCUGCAUUUUAUGAACAUUUUCAUUUCCUUAAAAAUAAACUCACCGGGGUAUAUGAAUGGAGAAAGUUGAUAAUUUAAGAGCUAUAUACAUAUGUGAACAUCUUGAUGUUAUUUUAGAUGUUUCUCACUAAAUACUGUAAACAUUACCUAUUUAAGCAGUAAUUUUAUUUUUGAAUUAGCACUUUUUCUUGUUGAAAUCCUUCUGCUAAAUCAUAAUAAUGCUAAUUUAAGUUUCUUUUUUUAUUAGUGCACUAAUUCACCAUAGCACUUGCCUGUGUAAAAUUGUUAGACACUAAAAUUACAGUACAUCAAAAUAAGUAUAUUUGCAGUAUAUUUAAAGAAUCGAGGUCCAAGUUACAUUUCUGGCCUUUAUAUAGCAAUAUAUCAUCAAUGAUUCAUAAACAUAUUUUGAUUUUUAUUUGUUGUCUUAAUUGUUUUGUGAUAAUACAACUUGCAAUAUUUUGUCAAGUGUUUGUGACUGUUCUUUGUCAGUUAAUUAAAGUUUUAAAUGGCUUUUGUGAUCUUUGCAUCGCAUUCUGUGUGCUGUACCUUUUGUAAAGCUGUUUUGAGAACUGGUGCUCUUGGUAUCUCACUUUCUUGGUAGGUGCAUUGACAGGAGGACCUACCUUGCUGGAGAGAGUUAGACUGAACUUUACACUGAAAUAUUCUAGUGACUGACCCAGUGCCUGGCUAUCCUAUACUGUCUUGGUUAUCAUUGUGACGUGUUUAUACAGAAAUUAUAUUCACUGUCACUCUCUGCAUGCAUUGCUGGAAUAUGUCAUGGCAAAAUUCUACCAAUAUAGUUAAUGUCUGGGGGUGGGGGACAUGCCCAAUGAAUAAGAUGGUGAAUUUCUUUUGCAGAUUACACAGGAGCACAAUUUAACCAGUAUGGUGACUUUCAGAUCUGUUUGAUUUACAUCUGAAAGACUCAAACUUGUCUAUUUGUUUUAUUCACAAGAUGGCAGUGCUGAGUCUUCCAUUUUGUCAUGACAUAUUCCAGGAAUGUAGAGAGUGAAUGUGGACGUAACCCAUGUAGUAUCAGGGAUGUAUGUUCUUACACUUAGCUUAGCUCCAUUGUUGAGAGUUAACUCUAAUGUUUGGAGCUAACUCUAGUAUUGAGAGUUAACUCUAAUGUUUGGAGUUAACUCUAGUAUUGAGAGUUAACUCUAAUGUUUGGAGUUAACUCUAGCAUUGAGAGUUAACUCUAAUGUUUGGAGCUAACUCUAGUAUUGAGAGUUAACUGAUGUUUGGAGCUAACUCCCAUGUUGUGAGUUAACUCUAAUGUUUGGAGUUAACUCUAGCAUUGAGAGUUAACUCUAAUGUUUGGAGCUAACUUGAGAGUUGACUCUAAUGUUUGGAGCUAACUCCCAUGUUGAGAGUUGACUCCCGUGUUGAGAGUUGACUCCAGUGUUGAGAGUUAACUCCAGUGUUGAGAGUUAACUCUAGUGUUGAGAGUUAACUCUAAUGUUUGGAGCUAACUCCUAUGUUGGGAGUUGACUCUAGUGUUGGGAUUUAAAUCUGGUGUUGAGAGUACACUCCAGUGUUGAGAGUUGACUCAAGUGUUGGGAGUUAAGCUAAGUUACUAUUUGCAUAUGUUAAGAUAAUUGAGAGAGUUAAUUUAUAAGUUCUGGAACAUUUCCAGACUGGUAAAUGUUGUUUUGGACUGUUGAUAAGUACAGGUAAGUAGGUGUCAUCUUUGAACUGUAUCUGGUUAUGAAUAUAUUUAUAAUUCUGGAACAUUUCCAGACUGGAAGAUGUUGUUUUGGACAGUUUAUUAAGUAAGAAAGUGUCUUUGGGCUGUAUCUGAUUCGGUUAUGGAUAUAUUUAUAGUUCUUGAACAUUUCCGGACCUGUAAAUGUUGUUUUUGACAGUUGAUAAUUACUGGUAAGUAGAUGUCAUCAUUGGACUGUAUCUGAUAUGGUUAUGGAUUAUUGAUCAUUUCUGUGUUGUCCACUCUAAUAAAAAGAACGAAUGUAAACAGA